UGAAACACAGAGAGAGAGAGAGAGAGAGAGAGAGAGCGAAUUGCAAAGAGAGGCAACCAUGGCUGACAGAGGUGGAGCCGACAGAGCCGGUGGCGAGAGAGGCCGCCGUGGAUUCGGGGGACGGGGAGGCGACCGAGGAAGGGGUCGUCGCCGCGCCGGCCGCCGCGACGAGGAGGAGAAGUGGGUUCCCGUGACCAAGCUCGGCCGCCUGGUGAAAGAAGGCAAGAUCCGCAGCUUGGAGCAAAUCUACCUCCACUCGCUCCCCAUCAAGGAGUACCAGAUCAUCGACACCCUCGUCGGCCCCGGCGUUCUGAAGGAUGAAGUCAUGAAGAUCAGCCCCGUCCAGAAGCAGACCCGCGCCGGACAGCGCACCCGGUUCAAGGCCUUCGUCGUCGUCGGCGACGGGAACGGCCACGUCGGAUUGGGCGUCAAGUGCAGCAAGGAAGUCGCCACUGCGAUUCGCGGCGCCAUCAUUCUGGCGAAGCUGUCCGUGAUUCCAGUCAGGAGAGGGUACUGGGGGAACAAGAUCGGGCUGCCACACACGGUGCCGUGCAAGGUCACCGGGAAAUGUGGCUCCGUCACCGUCCGGAUGGUGCCCGCCCCGCGUGGCGCUGGGAUCGUCGCGGCUCGCGUGCCCAAGAAGGUUCUGCAGUUUGCUGGGAUUGAGGACGUUUUCACUUCCUCCCGUGGAUCCACCAAAACCCUUGGAAAUUUCGUAAAGGCUACAUUUGAUUGCCUCCUGAAGACUUAUGGUUUCUUGACCCCUGAUUUCUGGAAAGACACCCGCUUCACCAAGUCGCCUUUCCAAGAGUACACCGAUCUUCUGGGAAAGCCAACCAAGGCCCUUAUCCUUGAAGACGUCGAGAGAACCGAGGCUUGAUGGUGAAAAUUUCUUGACGACGAGAUGAUGUAGGAUCUCCGAAAAGGCAGUCAGUAUGCAAUACUUGGUUAGCUUGCAGUCAGUAUCAAAUACUUGGUUAGCUUCUUGAGAACGAUAAUCUUGUCAAUGUUCCUGUGUUCUGUGUUGAGUUUGUUUAGGAUACAGUUUCGAAUUCCAU